AUGGGGCGCUGUACUAUGGUCCUGGCGCAGCCCGGGCUGUGGAGCAGGGACACCGGCUGGACCCUUCUCUAUUUUCUCGGCUACAUCCUCCCGCAGACCGCCCCUCAAGUGCUCAGGAUCGGAGGGAUUUUUGAAACUGUGGAAAAUGAACCUGUUAAUGUUGAAGAAUUAGCUUUCAAGUUUGCAGUCACCAGUAUUAACAGAAACCGAACCCUGAUGCCUAACACCACAUUAACCUAUGACAUCCAGAGAAUUAAUCUUUUUGAUAGUUUUGAAGCCUCACGAAGAGCAUGCGACCAGCUGGCUCUUGGUGUGGCUGCCCUCUUUGGGCCUUCCCAUAGUUCCUCGGUCAGUGCAGUGCAGUCUAUUUGCAACGCUCUUGAAGUUCCACACAUACAGACUCGCUGGAAACACCCCUCAGUGGACAAUAGAGACUUGUUUUACAUCAACCUCUACCCGGAUUAUGCAGCUAUCAGCAGAGCAGUCCUGGAUCUGGUCCUCUACUACAACUGGAAAACAGUGACUGUGGUGUACGAAGACAGCACAGGUCUAAUUCGGCUGCAAGAGCUCAUCAAAGCUCCCUCCAGAUAUAACAUUAAAAUCAAAAUCCGCCAGCUGCCCUCUGGGAAUAAAGAUGCCAAGCCUCUACUCAAGGAGAUGAAGAAGGGCAGGGAAUUCUACGUGAUAUUUGAUUGCUCACAUGAAACAGCUGCGGAAAUCCUGAAGCAGAUUUUGUUCAUGGGUAUGAUGACUGAAUACUACCACUACUUUUUCACAACUUUGGACUUGUUUGCUUUAGAUCUGGAACUCUACAGGUACAGUGGCGUAAACAUGACUGGCUUCCGGCUGCUUAACAUCGACAACCCUCACGUGUCCUCCAUCAUUGAGAAGUGGUCCAUGGAGAGGCUGCAGGCCCCACCCAGACCCGAGACUGGGCUCCUGGAUGGCAUGAUGACAACAGAAGCAGCUCUGAUGUAUGACGCGGUCUACAUGGUGGCCAUUGCCUCCCAUCGGGCCUCACAACUGACGGUCAGCUCCCUACAGUGCCAUCGACACAAGCCAUGGCGCCUCGGACCCAGAUUUAUGAACUUGAUCAAAGAGGCUCGGUGGGAUGGCUUGACGGGACGUAUCACCUUCAAUAAGACCGAUGGCUUGAGAAAGGAUUUCGACCUGGACAUUAUUAGCCUCAAAGAGGACGGAACUGAAAAGAUUGGGAUUUGGAACUCCAACAGUGGGCUCAACAUGACAGAUGGGAACAACGACAGGUCCAACAAUAUCACAGACUCGCUGGCCAACCGAACACUCAUCGUCACCACCAUCCUGGAGGAACCCUAUGUGAUGUACCGAAAAUCGGAUAAGCCCCUCUAUGGGAAUGACAGGUUUGAAGGAUAUUGCCUGGAUCUGUUGAAAGAGUUGUCAAAUAUCCUGGGGUUUCUGUAUGAUGUGAAGCUGGUCCCUGACGGCAAAUAUGGAGCCCAGAAUGACAAAGGAGAGUGGAAUGGGAUGGUUAAAGAACUCAUUGAUCAUAGGGCUGACCUAGCCGUGGCUCCUCUUACCAUUACUUACGUGAGAGAGAAAGUCAUAGACUUCUCCAAGCCGUUUAUGACCCUGGGUAUCAGCAUUCUCUACCGGAAGCCCAACGGGACCAAUCCUGGCGUCUUCUCCUUCCUCAACCCGUUGUCUCCAGACAUUUGGAUGUACGUGCUCUUGGCUUGCUUGGGAGUCAGUUGUGUGCUCUUUGUGAUUGCAAGGUUUACACCCUACGAGUGGUAUAACCCCCACCCGUGCAACCCUGACUCCGAUGUGGUGGAAAACAAUUUUACUUUACUAAACAGUUUCUGGUUUGGAGUUGGAGCUCUCAUGCAGCAAGGAUCAGAGCUGAUGCCCAAAGCUCUUUCAACCAGAAUAGUUGGAGGAAUAUGGUGGUUUUUCACCUUAAUCAUCAUUUCAUCCUACACUGCCAAUCUUGCUGCCUUCUUGACAGUAGAGAGGAUGGAAUCUCCCAUAGACUCUGCAGAUGAUCUCGCCAAGCAAACCAAGAUAGAAUACGGGGCAGUCAGAGAUGGAUCGACAAUGACCUUCUUCAAGAAAUCGAAGAUAUCCACGUAUGAGAAGAUGUGGGCUUUCAUGAGCAGUAGACAGCAGACUGCUCUCGUCAAAAACAGCGAUGAGGGGAUCCAAAGAGUGCUCACCACCGACUACGCCCUACUGAUGGAGUCUACCAGUAUUGAGUAUGUGACACAGAGAAACUGCAACCUCACACAGAUCGGGGGCCUCAUUGACUCCAAAGGUUACGGAGUGGGAACACCUAUUGGCUCACCUUACCGGGAUAAAAUUACAAUUGCUAUUCUCCAACUCCAAGAAGAAGGGAAACUGCACAUGAUGAAAGAGAAAUGGUGGCGUGGAAAUGGCUGCCCUGAAGAAGAGAGCAAAGAGGCCAGUGCUCUGGGAGUAGAAAAUAUUGGGGGCAUUUUCAUUGUUCUGGCUGCUGGACUGGUCCUCUCUGUCUUUGUUGCCAUUGGAGAAUUUAUAUACAAAUCACGGAAGAGCAAUGAUAUUGAACAGAAAGGAAAGUCAUCAAGACUUAGAUUUUAUUUUAGGAACAAAGUAAGGUUUCAUGGGAGAAAAAAACAAAGCGUUGGUGUAGAGAAGUGUCUCUCCUUCAAUGCCAUCAUGGAAGAACUGGGAAUUUCACUCAAGAAUCAGAAAAAAUUAAAGAAAAAGUCAAGAACUAAGGGGAAAUCUUUCACAAGUAUCCUUACAUGUCAUCAGAGACGGACUCAGAGAAAAGAGACUGUGGCGUGACACAAGAAAGCUCCUUUAGGAACUUUUCAGGAAAACAAAAAAAGGGGGGGAGGCACACUACACAGUUUUUGGAGGAAGAACUUCUGAUGAGUGUGAAAUGCCUUUCCAUAUAUUUAUAUCCAUCACUAGUAUGGAUAUAGGUAUACGAAAUGCAAAAAGUUUAAAGCUCAUGCAGAGAGAAAUAAUGAGGGAAAUGACACCAAUUCUGAAAUGAAUUUCUUUGUGUACCGAUUUUGCAUUUUUCUCUUUGGCCCCCAAUAAAUUGCUGUGUGUGCUUUCUUAAUAAUAAAAAGUAAAAGUUGUUUUCUUUUU